AUGAAGCGACUGGAUGACAAGAUAGAAAACGUUGACUUUUCGAGCAACCACGUGAAUCGCCUGCCAAGGCGCGCUUUCGCUAAAAUGCCGAACCUUGCCUACAUCAGUCUGAGAAACAAUAAUCUGAACAACAUCGAAAGGGAUCUGUUUGGGCCCCUGGACUCGCUCGUCGAGUUGGACCUGUCCCACAACAACCUGGCCGAUUUGCCUACCGACGUGUUCAAGGGCAAGAACCUGCAGAUCCUCAAGAUUUCUGGCAACAGCCUGACUUCCCUCAGCGUCAUCAGAUCGUCGAAACUCGUGACGUUGGACGUCUCGAUGAACCGGCUGAAGGUGAUCACCAAGGACGACCUCAACGGCGUGCCCUACCUCGAGCAGCUCUUCCUGAGCGCCAACAACCUGAGGAAGAUCCACCCGCACGCCUUCUCGCACCUCGACCAGCUCAUUCACCUCGACUUGAGCGACAACAGCCUCGUCAACCUGAGCGACCACCACUUCCGAGCCAACUCGCGGCUCCAAGUCCUCAUGCUCAGCAAUAACGCUGACUUGGAAACCCUACCAGUCUUCCGCACCAAUGCCCAAGAGUUUGAGAGAUUCAGCAUCUACCGAUUCGAGUGCGAGAACUGCGGCCUGACCUUCAUCGAGUCAGGCACCUUCGACGCGAUGCCAGCGAUGACCCGGCUAAACCUCGGCCACAACAACCUCACGGAACUGCCGAGGGAUCUGUUGCGGCCACUGUCAGCCCUUCGCGAACUCGACCUGUCGAGGAAUCGGCUGGAAGAGCUGGACGUCGACGCGUUCAAGGGCGCCAACUCCCUCGCCGAGCUCAGCCUCGGCAUGAACUCGUUCGUCUCCGGACUGAAGCUCGCGACUUUCCUCAAGACGCCCAACCUCCUCAGGCUGGACCUCAGCUCGUGCGGCAUGCAGCGCGUCUGGAACGACGUCAAGGCCUCGCCGGAACCCCGCUCGGAGCUCAAGCUGGAGGACCUAAGAUUCCUCUCGCUGAACAAGAACAACUUGCGCCGCGUGACCCUCGGGGAGAUAAGCGCCAUGCCCAACCUGUCGGGGCUGGACUUGUUUGGCAAUCCCCUGCAAUGCGACGAGGAGCUCAGCCAGGUCAUGCAGAGGCUGAACGAGAGCAACGUCACGCCCAUAGAGGCGGCCCGCGCCAUGGGCAGCAUGAAGCACGACUUUGACUACGACGGGUACAGCGGGGCCCGGCGCUCCGAGCCCGUGCAGCAAUGGUCCGACCUUGCCAACUGCGACGCGUGGAUCGGCGGCCCACCGCCCAGGCCCGUGCCGAGAAAGUCGCCGAAACCAACCCAGGCGUCCGGCAUCGACGCCGGGGAGUCCAUCUUCGACGAGCCCGGCCCCUUCAUCAAGUUUGAUCUCACCGACGACGCCGACAACAAGUUGGACUUUGGCCCGAUGAGCAAGGGUAGCCACAACAGCAAACACAGCGACGACAAGAUCGAGUUCGCGUGGAACUCCGAGGACCAGGAGUACGAGGAGCUAGCGGGUGCGGCGGGCGUGCGUUACCGGGAGUGGUACACCGACGCCCUGUGGCCGGCGGUGACCGUCAUCCUGAUAACCCUGGCGGUGCUGCUCCUGGCCGCCCAUCUGGCCGUUUGUCUGGCUAAGCGUCGCGGCAGUGGUCCAGUCAUCCGUACCCCGAUGAUCCUCAGACCGAACCUCGUCGUCGACAGCAAGAACUGCGGCCUCGUCUACAAGCCCCUGCAGGAGGAGAUCGCCACCCCGCACAUGCCCAAACGGGGCAGCUUCUACUCGAGCAGCACCUUCCACUACGACAAGAUCGUGCCCGAGAGCGUCUAAUUCAAAGAAAAAACUAAUCAUUUUCUUUUUUUUUUUUCUCCCCCUUCCCAUUACGUAUACAUUAUAAUAUGCCCACUGCUAUCGUCUAUGCGGUGUGGUGUGAGAUCAUAAUAUUGGGUGACGAACAAAUU